GCCGCAAUCCCCAAAAAACCGAAACCCAAACCAAUAAAAAACGUUAAAAAAAUCUCCCAGAAACCCCCGGCAAAAACCCUUCGACCCGGUCUCCCUCCGGAGCCCUCCCCCGCCCUCGCACACCCCAUCUCGCCCCUUAUUCAAAUCAUGCGCGCCCGCAGGCUCUCCCCAGAGUGCAGCGCAGUCGCCCUUUCAUCUUCCCCUCGUAUUUCGUCUCAGCGGCCGUCCGACGCGUCUCAAAGUCCUCUCCGCGUGUAUCAAUUACGUAACCAGACCCUCCACUCGUCUUUAUCGCAGCAAAUUGGCCUUGAGUGCAGCAAAAAGGCGACGAGAACCGUCAGCUCGUAAAGAUGGAGAGUGGGAGACUCGAUUUGGAGACUAAUGUCGAGGUGAACGGCACUAACAAGCCAGUUGCCGCCACGUACAAGUCCAUUCCCGACGGCGAUACCAAUUGGCAGGCCAAGGAGGAAAAUAUCGGGGACAUGGGAAAACCGGAGAACGAGGAGAUUGACGAUGGGGCCAAGGAGAAGAUGCUCAGCGAGGAGGCGAAAAUCAGCCCCAAAAAAGACGCUUCUCAGGUGAUCUUCAUAUCCGAGAAUGGCGACGCAAAGAUAGACGUCGCCCCGAAAGGCCCCACCCUCUCGGGAAUGGGAAAGGAAGAGCUCAUGAAGUACGCGAACGAUCCCUUCUGGAUUCGCCUGCGCUGGUUUCUCUUCAUCGGUUUCUGGCUCCUCUGGUUCGCAAUGCUCCUGGGGGCAGUGGCGAUAAUCGUCAUGGCCCCGAAGUGCACGCCCCCCCAGCCCAAGACCUGGUGGGAAAAAUCCCCGAUUGUUCAGCUGGAGCCGAAGGACCUGGAGGCCAAAGACUCCACUUCCCUCUCAAACCUCUUGGACAAAUUGAAGAGCCAACACAUCUCGGUUGUCUCCCUCUCCAACAUCCUCAAGUCGACGUCGCCAGGGCACGUCACGGACUUCAGGGACGUCGACCCCAAGAUCGGAAUGGAGAACAUCAAGAGCUUGAUCAGAUUGGCGAAGGAGAAGGACCAGAAGGUGCUCUUGGAGAUCGAUCCCAACCACUCGGGGAUCGAUCACGCUUGGUUCAAUAGGUCGCAGAACAGGGAGGAGCCUUACACUAAUUAUUAUGUGUGGGCUAGUCCCAAGACGGGGGCCGAUGGCAGCAACAAUCCACCGAAUAAUUGGCUCAGCACUUAUGGAAAGUCUGCCUGGGAGUGGAGUCCCAUCAGGGGACAGUACUAUCUGCAUCAGUUCGACAAGUCGCAGCCUGACUUGAACUUCAAUAAUUCGUUGGUUGUCGAUGAGUUCAACAAGAUCUUCAGCCACUGGUUGGACCUGGGGAUCAACGGAUUCAGGCUAGGGUUCACUCAGCACUUGAUCGAGGACCCUGCCCUUCAGGACGAGAAGACGAGCUCCACCGCAGCUCAGACUGAUGAGUACGAGUCCCUGGUGCAUGUCCACACCAGAGACAGAGUGGAGAACGCUCAAGUCCUCAGGGUCUGGAGGGAGAACGUCGUCAACAGAACGAAGGAGGACGGUUUAUUUGCUCUGAGGGACGACAUCGCCUCGGACAUUCUCGCUGUCUUCAAUGAAAAGAGCAAACUUGUGGACUUGCCCCAGAGCUCGAUGUUCCUCAUGCAUGCUGACAAGGGGAUCACUGCGAAGGCCCUCUUGGAUGGGAUUAAACCCUGGAGGGAUCAUGUUUACAACAGCUCGAAGGCUUCCUGGCCUGCGUGGGAUUUGAAUGGAGAUAAAACAGCUCUGCGUGAUCGAAUGUCCCCAGCAGUUGCUGAGAGUCUCACCCUGAUGUCCCUCCUCCUCCCAGGGACUCCAGUCCUCAAGCUCAACGACAUUCCACGCGAGAAAGAGUCUGAAAAAACUGCUUUUGCGACGAUAGCAGAAAAACGCAAUGAUGAAAUAUUCCUGAAUGGAGAUUUCCACACUGAAAUCGUCAACGGGACUGUCUUCGUCUACACCAGGAGUGGGUUAAAGAGUGGACUCCCUGGUUAUCUCGUAGCUUACCAGAGCUCGGAGCAUCCAGCUGUUAUUGAUCUGUCAGGGAUUCCCCACGUUCCUGAGGAGGUCAAUGUCCUGGCCUACAGUCCGAAUUAUCUCACAGAGAAAAAGCCAGGAGAAGCAAUCGAGACUAAACUGUUCUCGAAGAGAGUGCCCAUAGCCCCCAAAAGUACGCUGGUACUCACCUUCGUCCCAUCGAAGGACCAGAAAUAAAUAACGAAGUGAGCAGAACGAAAUUUAUGGCAGGAAGUGAACAGGUCUUGAAACGCAUUUAAUCGCUUUUAUUUAUGUAUCUUGCGGGAUUGUGUAUGAAUCACCCGCUUUUAUGGGGAAUAAUAAUGAUUCACGUGAGCAUUAAAGGUCGUGAAUUUUAAUUUUUUUGUGCAGAAGCAAAUAAAGAAGUGAAAUUCGA